ACCCCCUACCCAGUUCUCCCUGUCCUCUUUCAGUCCGCCAUCUGUGCCUCGAAAACAUAAAAAGACCAUUCGCAAUGUCCGCAUAUAAUCAAUUUGGCCCACUCGACAGAAAGAGCGAACACAGACCUCUUGCCGACCUUCGAUUUUGAGCACAUUCAUUUAGCCGCUACUAUAGCAUAAACGACAUGCUGAUCUUGCAUAGUGGCAAGAUCACUCUCGGUUUAGUGUCACUUGCCUACCUUGGCAUCACACAGUCAGCGGCUGCCUCCGCCGUCGAUGAUGACAAAUUCGAGCCUAUCAACAGCAACGAUGCCUUAGCGCUCAAAGCCUUCGGCUACGGAACCAGUAAUAGUGGCUGCUAUUGGGCCACCGACAGACUAGGUAGACGCACUGGCGCUUUCCACUGCCCAAAGCCUUGCAUACUCAGGCGACACGGCUCACAUCCGCCUAAGCCGCGCAAUUGGCUCUGUCCUCCAAUUCAUACAAGUACCUCGUCAGUCUCACGCAGCGAGAGCUGCUUCUGGAACCGAAAACGCGGUCUCACAUGUCCACAUCGCUGUCACUUUGCGCUCGCUGUCGACGAGGCUUCUUCUACCUCCAUAGGCUGGGUCUGUCAAGCUUCGCCGGAAGCACAGUUUGGACCCGACCAUGUACACGAAGAAGGCAGCUCAGACCAUGACGACGAGCACAAGAACAUCGUACACGCGCCCUUUGUGACGCCCUUUGCUCUCGUCAGAGGCACUGUCAAUCGGUACGAACACAAUCUGCGCAGCAAGCUUCUCUGCAAACAAGCAGGCGAUACCGCUUGCCCGCUCCAAUCCGGCGACGAUGGUGCAGCACUUGUGCCCGGUGGUGCAUACGAGUGCCUCAAUACAGACUUUGCGUACUCUUCUUGCGGCGGCUGUACAACGAUGGCGAGCUCGCAGGGGGAGGACUGUGGCGCGAACCCUUUUGCUCAGAGCGGAUGCUGGCUCGGGAAAUGCUUGACGUCAAGUUGCUCGGCGGGUUAUGUUCUAAUAGACAACAUCUGCGCCCCGGCUUUGCAGGAGCAGAGCAUGUAUUUUGACUGACGCCAUGCAUUGAUGUUGAUCUGCUGUCCC